AUGGGCCUCACGAGCCCAGCCCGUCUCGCGAUGCUCAAGCUCGACCCGGAGUUGCGCGAAAAGGCCGCUGCGCUCGAGGAGGCCCUGGCGGCCCAGCGCCGCGCAGAGCAGCUGGUGGCGGAGCUGCGGAACCAGCUGAGCCAGUGGCUCUCCGCCAAUAGGCAGACGAUGGAGGUGGCUUUGCGAGGCUUCACAAAGCUGGCGUCUAUCACCGGCCACAAGGUGCCGCAAAGCGAGCUGAAGUUCAUGCAGGCCUUCGCCACAGCAGAACCCACACCGAUGGAGGUACUCAAGGCCAUGAAGGAAGCGUCGCCCAAAUUCGAGGUUUGGGUCAGCGAGGCCUUGGCCAAGUACGCCGCGAGCUUCGCCAAGGAUGGCACUCCAGCCCCGCCCGUGGAGGCGCCGACGAAGGAGCCGGAAGCGCCGGUGCCAGAAGCAGCCAAGGAAGUGGUCUACAAAGGAGAUCCCAAGGAGGUGCAGGAGCUGAAGCGCAUCACGCAGAGGCAGCAGGAGGAGAUCUCCAAGCUGCUUCUCACCAUCGACGAGCUGCGAAAGCGUAUGGAGAACAUCAAGGUCGUGUCGCUAGAUGCCGGCCCCGGUGUUGCCGGCACGGUCGACAACAUUAUGGAGAAAGUUGGCCUGAAGGACAUCAUGGAAGCCGGCUUGGCGAGGAACCCGCCGGUACUUAAAGGUGUUUUUGAGCGCCUUUACUCUGAUGCCACGCAGCGCAUCCAAAGGUACGGCUUGAUCCGGCAGCAGAUGCUUUUGGCGAACAAGGCUUAUGCGGCAGUGGUGGAGGCCGUCGCUUCGGAAGAGGACCAGCAGUGGCCUGAUUUCGAGCGGCUAAACGACACCACGGACGCCACGAUCAGGGGCAUGUGGUACCACACAGAGUACCUCUUCCGAAGCGCUUGUGAAUACGCCAUGACGCAGGGUGUGGAGGCGACUCUGGUGAAAGCGCAGCAGAGCUUGGUCUCGGAGUUUGAGGAGAAGGCGCUCGGCAUGGCUCGGCCACGGCGGCCACGGUCUCCGGAGUGGCCAAAAGAAAGAAACACCUCGUGUUCUUCUUCUCGGGCAAGGGCGGCAGCGAGUCGCCGACGCCUGCAGAAGGUAGCGAAGCUUGCCGCUGAGGAGGCUCCGAACGUCGCUCGACUUAGGUUGGACCUGGAUGGGUUGGACGGCUUCCGCCAGGACUUCUUCGAAGCCUUCUCCGAAGAGGACUUUCUGUGGCAUGCACUCAAAGAUCCAGUGCGCACAGAGAGAGCAGUCACGCGGUCCUUCAAGCUUGUGGUCAAGUGGCUGCCGGAAGAGGCCCUUCACGAAGUGCAAAGGCUAUUUGUCGACUCGUCUUCGGCGCCGGCACUGCUGCUUUCGGGUUUGCCAUUGGAUUCGGAGAUCCCUCCCACGCCGAUGUUACCUGGCGACUUUCGCUUACCUGUGGCCGAGGCCUGGCUGCUGGGCUUAGCUCGUUGCCUUGGUCUGCCGUACGGUCUAUUGGGGUUUUACACUGAGAAUGCCCGCGGCGGGCUUAUCCGGGACCUUGCGCCGAAGCCAGGACUGGGAGGCAUCAACCAGCCGCACAUCCAGCUGGGCUUCCACCGAGACGUUCCCAAGUGUGUUUCCGGUGCCGAGAGCGAGCCCGAUGGCUUUGUUCUUCUGGCAGCUCGCGGCGAUCCACAGCACGGGGCGAAGACGCAGAUUUGCUCCCGCCGACGCCUGGCCGCGUGCUUGACAGCUGCCGAGCUGCAGGCUCUUCGCCGCAGCCGAGUGCGAGUUGAGUGCGUCAGGCCGGACGGAGUUUCUCCAUAUGGCCAGGCGUUUUAUGCCGUCACAGGCUCCGAGAACGAGCCCGAGAUCACCUUCUUCUACAUUCCAGACCACAAGGAGUUCUCAUAUCGGAUAGUUAGCGACGACGCCGAGACCCAGGCUGCCUACUACCGGGCACUGGCAGCGGCUGCAGAGACGUGCGACGAUGUAGACUUGCAGGCUGGAGACGCGCUGCUUAUUGACAAUGCCCGCUGCAACCAUGCACGAACGGCAUUCGAGCCGCAACAGGAUGGAACGGACCGGUGGUUGUUGAAGACCUUCGUUUCCGCAGGUGGAUGGCAACGGCCAACACCUUCGGCUUCACUGGCCUGGCCGAGCUUGCUAGUCGAGGAGAGCUUCAGCCCUGCGGCCCCGCGCCGUGAGAAGCCGCCAGGGCCUCCAAGACGCCAGGACCGAGGCAUCAAAGAAGAAGCUUCAAGCCGGCGAGAGCUUCCCAGCAAGCGACGACCCGAUGAACCAACGCCCUUCAUGUCCUACAUGGCAGCAUUGCGGGAGGUGCAGGGGCAGCUGGCCAAGGAAGUGGUCCAAAGCUUGCCCGAGAAGCGGCCGACGCGCGCCAACCUCGACGAGUUCCGAACCCUCAAGGACGCCUGCGACAGGCCGCCCAUUGCUUUGCCUGCCUCAACCACGUCGAUGGCAACUAGCCGCAGCCUGCCGGCCUUGCCCAAGACGCGUGGCCUGCACGGUGGCUUGCAGGAGCCAGAGGCAGUGCCGAGCCCACUCACGAAGGCGAAGAUGUCUGCGACUAUGAUGACGUAA